AUGGCAGGGAGAGACGGAACAUAUAAACGAACCUGGACCUGGAGCGAGCGAUUUGAGGCAGCUCAAAUUGCCUACAGCAAUGGCUACAGACCGCCCAAGGUCCUAGAUCCAAUCCGCAUCGGGCCAAAGCUUCUGUUCGAAUCGGCCGAAGAUGUCCAGAAAUUGCUGUGCCUUGACUACCUUCCCGAGACGUUCCAGUCGGAAACUAUACCGUUCGGUGAAAACGAAGGCACCUCUGUCUCGUUCCAUAUUAUAGGCCACUGUAUGAAGCUGCAGCAUUCGGACCGGAAUUUCUGGUCAUGA